AUGCCGCCCGCACCGUCAGGAAAGGCCGUGAAGAAGGCUGGUAAGGCCCAAAAGAAUGUCCGUGCCACGGACAAGAAGAAGAAAAAACGCAGGAGGAAGGAGUCCUUUUCCAUUUACAUCUAUAAAGUUCUCAAACAGGUCCAUCCCGAUACCGGUAUCUCCUCGAAAGCCAUGUCCAUCAUGAACUCAUUUGUGAAUGACAUCUUUGAGAGAAUCGCCGCUGAAGCCUCCCGCCUGUCCCAUUAUAAUAAAAGGUCGACUAUCACCUCUCGGGAGGUUCAGACUGCCGUCAGGCUCCUGCUUCCUGGUGAACUGGCUAAGCACGCCGUGUCUGAAGGCACUAAGGCUGUCACCAAGUACACUUCCUCCAAGUAAAUUGUCGUUUCUUCGGAACGAAAAAACGGUCCUUUUCAGGGCCACCAAGCUCUAUGAGAUCAACCACCAUAGCUGUUAUAG